AAUUGCAAUUAUUAACACCUCCCUGCUCCCCCCACAUUUCAUUUCAUCUUUCUCUUAUUUUCAAGUUGAAAUCUUUCGUGAAGAUUUCAUUAUCUUUAGUUCCUCUUUUUUUUUUUCGUCCCAUAAACUUUCCCAGGCUACCCCAUCUCCUCAUUUGUCUUCCCUUUAUUAGCUCUAUAUUUUUAAGUAGCUGCGCAUAGAGAAAGAAAGAGAUCAUGGCAGGAGGAGGAGCUCCAGCAAAAGCAGAUGAGCCACAGCCACAUCCACCAAAGGAACAGCUGCCCAACGUUUCUUAUUGCAUUACAAGUCCACCUCCAUGGCCUGAGGCCAUCCUUCUUGGUUUUCAACAUUAUCUUGUGAUGCUUGGCACGACAGUGAUCAUUCCCACUUCUCUCGUUCCCCAGAUGGGAGGUGGAAAUGAGGAGAAAGCAAAGGUUAUCCAGACUCUACUUUUUGUUGCUGGUUUGAACACAUUGCUGCAGACACUCUUUGGGUCUAGAUUGCCUGCUGUGAUUGGAGGAUCUUAUACCUUUGUCCCAACAACAAUCUCAAUUAUCCUUGCUGGUCGGUUCAGUGAUACUACAGAUCCUAUCGAGAGAUUUAAAAGGAUAAUGCGGGCAAUUCAGGGCUCCCUCAUUGUCGCUUCAACUCUUCAAAUUGUCCUUGGCUUCAGUGGCCUUUGGCGUAAUGUUACUAGGUUUUUAAGCCCACUUUCAAUUGUUCCUUUGGUAUCUCUAGUUGGUUUUGGGCUUUAUGAGUUUGGUUUUCCUGGGGUUGCCAAAUGUGUGGAGAUUGGACUGCCUCAGCUAAUUCUUAUAGUAUUUAUCUCACAGUACAUGCCUCAUGUGAUAAAAUCUGGAAGACACCUCUUUGAUCGAUUUGCUGUCGUAUUUUCUGUGGUGGUUGUUUGGAUUUAUGCUCAUUUACUCACUGUGGGUGGAGCUUAUAAUGGUAAAGCACCAAAGACACAAGUAAGCUGCCGCACUGACCGUGCUGGUCUAAUAGAUGCUGCUCCAUGGAUAAGAGUUCCUUAUCCCUUUCAAUGGGGAGCACCUUCAUUUGAUGCUGGUGAAGCCUUUGCCAUGAUGAUGGCUUCUUUUGUUGCUCUUGUAGAGUCCACUGGGGCUUUUUUUGCGGUGUCAAGAUAUGCAAGUGCAACUCCAAUGCCACCAUCUAUUCUUAGCCGUGGUAUUGGUUGGCUGGGAGUUGCAAUUUUGAACUCCGGGUUGUUUGGAACUGUCAAUGGAUCCUCGGUCUCUGUAGAGAAUGCUGGUCUUUUAGCCUUGACACGAGUUGGCAGUCGAAGGGUUGUCCAAAUCUCAGCAGGAUUUAUGAUUUUCUUCUCCAUUCUUGGGAAAUUCGGAGCUGUCUUUGCUUCAAUUCCAGCACCCAUUAUUGCUGCUUUGUACUGCAUAUUCUUUGCUUAUGUUGGUGCUGGAGGUCUUAGUUUUCUUCAGUUCUGCAACCUCAACAGCUUCCGUACAAAGCUUAUAUUAGGUUUCUCGGUUUUUAUGGGCUUAUCUGUGCCACAGUACUUCAACGAGUAUACUGCAACUAAUGGCUACGGUCCUGUUCACACAAGCUCGAGAUGGUUCAACGACAUUGUAAAUGUGCCUUUUUCAUCAGAACCAUUUGUUGCGGGUUGCUUGGCAUAUUUCCUUGAUAACACAUUGCAUCCCAAGGACAGUGCAACUAGGAAGGACAGAGGUAAGCACUGGUGGGACAAGUUCCGUUCGUUCAAGUUUGAUUCGAGGAGUGAAGAGUUUUAUUCACUUCCCUUCAAUCUAAACAAAUAUUUCCCAUCUGUGUGACAUAUCAGUAGCUGAGUUAAAGGUGAUGUUGUCAAAUAUGUACCCCUUUUGCUAAGUUCCCUAUGGCCCCUUGGAUCACAUCUUACUAUCACCAACCAUUAAUUCCCUGUUGUGAAUUGUAUUACAUGCUAUAGCAGUAUAACAUAGUGUUUCCCUUCUUAGGAGGCCUUAGAACUUUUAUUGAAUUGUUUUUUUUUUCUUUCCCUGGCGCUGUAAAUCCAGUGGAGUCAUCUGGAUUUGAAGUAGCAAUGAAGCAGUUUUAAUGCCUCUGUUCAAUUCAUCUUGUUUGAUGUUUGCUUUCUAACUGUUAGUCCUCUGACACUUCAAGGGUAUCUACCAAUCUCUGUUUAUAAGGCUUGAAGGCUUUUUUAGCGAGGAUUCUUCCGUUUGUAAUUCAAUCGUGAAGCUCAUGACUUGCUAAGUCAAUUUUUAUCAUAAUCCACCACAAUCUUGAGUUUCUAAAAUAGCUUUAUGUGUUCCUUUCCCUUGUUCUUUUAAUAAAAAUUUUCCUAGAGUGAAUCAGGGUCAUGAAAUCCUGUUUUAUGCUUCAUUUGGAAGGGAUUGUCAUCACUGUUAUUUUGUCAUUGUACUUCAUUGGAUCUCACGUGGUUUGAUCGCUGGAGAGCUUCAAUGAUAAAACAUCGCGAUGGCGGCAUGUUGGGAAUCCUUGAAUCCCUUCUUACUGGCCAUCCAAAUGAAGCACUAGUUUCCUAGUAGAGGUGAUAAGUAGGUAAGGGUGGGACAAUUCCCCUGCUCAAUUUUUCUCAUCGAUUGAGAGAAAAAAGGAACAAAAAAGAAGAAAAUUUUGUUAUGCUAAUUUAUAUUUAAUUCAGCUUCUGUAUAGAAUAAUGUCUGAAGAGCAUAAUCGAAUCAAAUUGGAGUGGUGCAAGCAUUGCUCUACUUUUUGGGAUUUGGAUUCUCUUCCAAGUUUUGUCAGUAUUGGUGGAUGGCAAUAUUUUUGUUUGUCCUGGUAUACACCCUGGAAAUGUUGAAUAAACUGCAUUGGACGUUCAGUAAAGCAGAGAGGACAAUGGGACAAUAUCAAAUGAAUUUCAGGUUAAUAUGAACAGAGGCAUGUUGUCAAGUCUGGAAAUAGUU